GUGCGCGUGCGCCGGGUCAGGGUUGACAGUCUCCCCACAAUCUUGGAAAGCGGUGCGGCGGCUAAGCUAACCGUCGCAAAGAGCUACAUGUGGAGGGUAAAACGAGAAGGCAUCCCCGACCCCAACUCUGUCAAAUCUCCCCGUGCCCGCCAAUUACAACGCUAAAGUCGAGACUCGGUGAAAAUUAUAUCCGUUUAGGAUGAAAGGUAGCCGGAUCGAGCUGGGGGACGUGACGCCCCACAACAUCAAGCAGCUGAAGCGCCUCAACCAGGUUAUCUUCCCCGUCAGCUACAACGACAAGUUCUACAAGGACGUGCUCGAGGUGGGCGAGCUUGCCAAGCUCGCAUACUUUAAUGACAUCGCGGUGGGCGCCGUGUGUUGCCGAGUGGACCACUCUCAGAACCAGAAGCGAUUGUAUAUCAUGACACUGGGCUGUCUCGCACCCUACCGGAGACUCGGCAUUGGUACAAAGAUGCUGAACCACGUGCUCAACAUCUGCGAGAAGGACGGCACUUUUGACAACAUUUACCUUCACGUGCAGAUCAGCAAUGAGUCGGCCAUCGACUUCUACCAAAAGUUCGGCUUUGAGAUCAUCGAGACGAAGAAGAACUACUAUAAGAGGAUAGAGCCGGCAGACGCACACGUCCUGCAGAAAAGCCUGCGAAGCCCGAGUGUAUCGUCGAGCAGAGAGCUUCAGAAGACGGAGUAGUGGAGGGGGUGACGGGCGGACCGACGGGCAGGCGGGCAUCACCCGCUUUUCGGAAAAACCAGCACACUUGACCUGCGCAUAAAAGAUCUGUGACAAACGCUCCCACCCCCCCCACAAGGAUGCUUUCAAAGACAAAAUUGGGGAAGAAGAAAAAAAAAACGCUUGGCAAAUGAGUACAUUUGGAUUGACCCCCCUCACCCCUGUUUCCUCAUACAGCUGAUUGACAAAGUGUCCAAAAAAGUGCUCCUCCGAUUGACAACCUGAGUAUGGUGUUUGCAAUGCGUACUUUGUGCGUGACUUGGUUUUGAUGCAGUUCUAAAAUGUUAAGUGGGGACAGGGGGCUGUUAUCCUUCGUUUCUGGUUUUGAAAUGGUUUAAAAGACCGCACAUGAUGGUUUGUGUGUUUUUUUUUUUUUUUGUGGGGCGUGGGGGUGAAUGUUUUCUCCGUUGGCCAUGAGAAACAGUUAACAAGGUGGUGGUGUGUUUGAAAUUCAUUUAUAACCCAUUUAGCUGUUUUUUUGAUUUUUGUUUGGUUUUAUUUUUCACAUUGCAGAGGUUGAGCGUUUCAGAGGUUCUCCUGGGUUUGGGAAAUAGUAUUGAAUGUCAUUGCGUUCUUCUGCAAAGGGGAAACACUUUUUUUUUCUAAUGGAGGGCGACACGGCAGAGCUGGUCGCCCCCCCAACAACUUCCUGCCGAGUAUUGGCCGCAGAAGUGGUCAGCUUGUGGUUUUUCUUUUUGAAGCUCUUGUGCGAACGUGUGUGGGUGGGUGCGUGCCUGCGAGCGUGUUUUACCCAGAGGAAGCUCUGACUCCGAAUGCAUGCAAGGAGACUUGUGUCCUCUCUACUGUAGAAUAAGCAUGGUUUCUUUCUUUGAAGAAUUUUAUCUUUUUCUGGAGCUCUAUAUUGUAUGACUUUUUAUCGUCUAAAUAAAUGAAUUACUAUUUGCAGUAAA